AUGGAUGUGAUUCCUUUAAAAGAUGAAUGGUAUCGAAGAAUCCAGAGAUGCUACCUACCCGAUGAGUAUUUCUGUGGGAAAUUAAAGCCCGGAAAAUGGUUAAUUUGUCAUCUCUCCGAUGGAAGUGAGGUUAUUUCCCGGGCCUUCAUGCAUCCUCACCGGAUCUUUAUGCAAAAUCUCGUCUAUCUGGACCAGAGUGUGAUGAGGAAGGAGUCUUCCCGAAUUCCUGAUCCACAAAUCCUGGACUUGAGCAUUGUGGAACAAACAGAAGACUUCCUAGACACGAUUUCCCUGGAGGUUCAUGUGAGUAAUAUUUCAUUUCCGGAAGCAACACAGAAAGACAUCCUAGAGGAGAUUCUUCAGAAGUUCUUGGAGCUUUACACCUUCUCCGUGGGUUGUGUUAUUAAUCUCGAAGGAAUUUGUGCCCUCCCCAUAACUUCCGUUAAGAUAAUAUCAACAGGAAGUGAAGGAAUUGGCUCUGUGACGCCCAAAACACAAGUUAGAGUAACAAAUCUCAUCUUCCGAAACGCCCUGGCUAUCCGGAAAGAUUUCUUUCCGGGAUAUUGCGAAAUUGAGGAAACUUUGAGUGAUAUUGUGCAGAAGAAUAAGGAAUAUUUGAGCAAUCCCACCCAGAAAUUCCCUCCACCGAAUGAAAUUCUCUUAGUGGGAUCUUCUGGAGUUGGGAAAACAACUCUCAUAUCACACAUAGCCAGGAAAUUCAAUUGCAAUAUUUUUCCCAUUGAUCCUAUUGAUUUCCAAGGACAGUAUCCGGGGGAAUCCAUGGAACUCUUGGAAAAAUUCUCAAAGAAUAUCCGGGAAAUUAGUAGAAAUCAGGAAGAUUGCUUGUCAAUAGUUUCCAUUGAAGACAUUGAUGUUCUCUGCCCAAAGGAUUCUGAGACAUUCUCAGCAUCCCUCUUGAACUUUCUCGAGAUGCUUUCCGGAGUUAGAGGGGUGCUUGUUGUGGCUACGGCAAAAGAUGUGACAAAUUUGAGUGGAAAUGCCCGGCGCAAGGGUCGUCUGGAAGUUGAGAUCUUCCUCAAAAAUCCAAGCAGAAAGCAACGUCAAGAGAUCUCUCAAAUUUUCCUCCAAAAUCAAAAUAUUCCCAAUGCAAUGGAAAUAUCCGGGUGGAUUGCUGAUAGAACUUCCGGAUUUGUUGCUGGAGACCUGCGGAUGCUCAUUGAGAGAGCAAUAGAUGGGAAUAGGGAGAAUUUCGUUGAAUCCCUCGCAAUCCAAUUGAAAUCCAUGCGUUCGUCAUCAAUAAAGUCCAGCAAUCUCCUUGUGGAUGUGGAUUCGGUGAAUUUUGACGAUCUCGGUGGGAUUGAGGCACUCAAGAGGACAAUUGAGGUAUCAAUUGUGAGCCCCCUGAGGGAUCCAUCAGCCUUCAAAAGGAUGGGCAUUGAGAGAACAAAAGGAAUCCUCUUCUACGGUCCUCCUGGAUGUGCCAAGACAACAAUUGUACGAGCUCUAGCCAAGAGAACUCACAUGCCCCUCCUGGCGGUCUCUCCGGCACAAGUUUAUUCCCCAUACGUUGGUGAUUCAGAGCGUUUCCUUGCCCGCGCCUUCCACGAAGCAAGGAUGUGUGCUCCCUCGAUACUCUUCAUUGACGAAUUGGACGCCCUUGUGGGAUGCCGACAGCGUGGCACGAGUGACGUUCAAUCGCGAAUUCUUGCUGUUCUCCUGACUGCCCUCGAUGGGAUUGGACGACGUAUUGAUGGUGCUCCCGAAGGGAAUGUCCUCGCUGUUGCAGCAACAAAUCGUCCGGAUGUCAUUGAUGAUGCCCUAAUGCGUCCCGGAAGGUUCGAUAAAUUAAUUCACGUCCCACCACCGGAUAGUGUGGAAGCACGACGGGAAAUUCUCAUGAAAAUCACCGAAAAUAUGCCCCUGAAAGACGUCGAUCUCAGUGUGAUUGCUGAGAGGACAAGAAACUUCUCAGGAGCUGAUUUGAAGAGUAUUUGUCGUGAAGCAGCUCUCCAUCGGCUUACUCAGGAUCUAUCUUCGGCCUUCCUGACGCAGGAUGACUUCCUUGAAGCCCUCAAGGGGACAAAACCAUCGCUAACUGACUCUCAAAUCGCCUGGUAUGCGGAUUUUGAGGCUAAAGGUAAGAUUUGA